GUGGAUUUGGAGGAGCCGGCGCCUCCUGUUUUGGUGCCUCAAGGCGAGGGCGACUAGAUGGUGGAGGUGGUGAGGGCCGGUGGCCGGACGGAAUGGUGGGCUUCGUUGCUCCAAGAAGUGUUAGGGAUAGAACCAUGUCAUGGAGGUAGUAGUCCUUAAAGCUGCUUCCCCAACCCUAACCCCUAUCAAUAAUACUCUCUACCUGUUGUCAUCUACCCUUCUACAAAACCAUAGGGUGACACCUGAGAGAGCAAUGUCAAAGCGUACCUUGGCUUGAAGCUGAAGGUGUGUAGAGACUCGAGGUCGCCAUUAGCUUUCCUUCUCCAGAGACGAAACAAAUGUUAGUUUGAGUUUCUGCUUCUCGCUAGGGACGACCUACUCCUACCUAACAGUAGCCUGACCCUGACCAACGCGACUCGCCACCCAGCUCCUCCUCCAUGUUGCGCAGAGUCCUCGCGAGAGCGAUCCCGCUCCCCCCCUCGGCCUCCGGGUUCCCCAAAACGCCAGGCGCUAUCCUCCUCGAGGCCUCGCGUCUCGCCACCUCUUGCCGAGGCCCCGACGCCGAUGGCGGCGGCGAGGAUGAUCCCUUCUUCUUCCCGGACGAGCACCAGCAGCAGCUUCCGCCCGACGUCGCCCGAGGGGUGGACGCCGUCGUCGCGGCGGUCGAGGCUUCCCCCGCGGACGCGGCGCGGGCGGGGGGCCUCCUGGAGCGGUGCGGCGCCAAGGCGUCUGAGCCGCUCGUGGUGUCCGCGCUCUCGCGCCUCCGCAACAGUUGCGCGGCCGCGCACGCCGCGUUCCGGUGGGCCGCGGCGCAGCCCGGGUACGCGCCCGGGCGGCGCGCGUGCCACUCCAUGCUCGCCAUCCUAGCCAAGCACCGCCGCUUCGACGCCGCGCGCGCCCUGCUCGACGAAAUGCGCCGCGCGUCGACUGCGUCCCCGGCUGCUGUGCUCCUCCUCAUCCGGCGCUACUGCGCCGCACGCGACGUCGCGGGCGCCGUCGCCGCGUUCCGCGCGCUCCCGAGCUUUGGCUUCCGUCCUGGCAUGGCUGAGUUCCACGGCCUCCUGAGCGCGCUUUGCCGCUACAAGAACGUACAGGACGCGGAGCAAUUGCUGCUGUCCAGCCAGACGGAGUUCCCCUUCGAGACCAAGAGCUUCAACAUUGUGCUCAACGGGUGGUGCAACAUUGUCUGCAGCGUGCGGGAGGCAAAGAGGUUUUGGAAGGCCAUGGAGAGUAAGGGUAUUGAGAGGGACGUUGUGUCGUAUGGGAGCAUGAUCUCAUGCUUCUCAAAAGCUGGGAGCUUGGACUCUGUCAUGAAGCUCUUUAACCGCAUGAAGGAGGCUGGCAUUGCACCAGACCGGAAGGUGUACAAUGCAAUUGUGUAUGCGCUCGCCAAAGGACGGUGUGUGGACGAGGCAAAGGCGCUUGUCCAGAGUAUGGAGGACAAGGGGGCUGCCCCUGACACAGCCACUUUUAACUCCCUCAUUGGGCCUCUCUGCAAGGCUCGUCAGGUUCAGGAGGCAAUGGAAAUGUUUGAUGCUAUGUUAGGGAGGGGGCUAUCUCCGUCAGUAAGGACCUUCCAUGCGUUGCUUAAUGUGGCUAGGAGCCCUGUUGAGGUGUUUGAUCUGUUGGAUAAGAUGAAGGCGUUGCGGUGUGAGCCAGAGAUGGACACUUACAUUAUGUUGAUCAGGAAAUUCUGCCGGUGGAGACAGCAUGAGAGUGUGGAGAAGCUGUGGAGUGCAAUGCCAGCAAAUGGGCUGAGCCCUGAUCGGAGUGCGUACAUUGUUUUGAUACAUGGGUUAUUCCUAAAUGGGAGACUAGAGGAGGCUGCAAAGUAUUAUGAAGAGAUGAAAGCUAAGAGCUUUUCACCAGAGCAAAAGACUGAAGCAAUGAUACAGGCUUGGCUCGCAGGCAGAGAGCUCGCCAAGGUAUCCGCUUCUGCUCGCUCUAAGGGUGGUUCAGUGUCUCUCAGACUUCCCAGAAACCGAUAGGGUUAAGGUUACCUCUGAAAGGCGAUCCAUAAAAACAAAUGAAACAGGACAGGAGGGUGCUUAUUGUUAUUCCUGAACAACUGCUAAAAUUUUGAAGAGGCACGUUUUGGCUGCACAGAACAUGGAGGCUACUGUAUUUUUUGCCUAGUUAUUUGUCACUUGAUUUAUAAGUUAAGAGAUCUUACAGUGCCAACCCAUGUUUAACUUGUUGAAACAUAGGUGGAUGCGCAUGGUUUGCUGUA